AUGACUAUCCUAAUAAAAGAUUAAAAAUACUUAAAAGACCAUUUGAUUUUGUUUGAAAAUAGAGAAGAAUCUGAAUUGAGUACUAUAUAUCAAAUAAAAUUAGAUUUGUUUUAAUUGAAGGUUUCAGAAUAGGUGGUAAAAUUUUGA